CCCCCAGGCGCCAGGAGCAUAAUGGGCGGCGGCUUCAGCUACGUGUACAUCCAUCCGGACCGGCCGGGCCUGGUUUGCAAAGUCCCCGCUCCGACGCCAGCCGGGAAAAAGGCGAUGGCCAUCGAGAAGGAGAUCUACGACCGCCUCGGCACAAACCAUCCGAACAUUGUCAAGGUUGUUGAUGUCGACGAGUACGGUAUUUGGAUGGAGCGGGCUGCGUACGGCUUUCUGCGGUUGGUGAAUGAGGGUGGUAGCGCCAAGCACGAGCAUGAUGGUGGUGUCGCCGGUAUGGAGUUGACGGCGGGAGACCGGAUUCGGUGGUGUAGGGAUGUGGCGCGCGCGCUAGAGUAUAUUCAUAGUAAGAAUGUGCGGCAUGCUGAUUUGUCGGGACGUAAUCUUCCAGUUACGGCGGAUAAGAGGAUUCUGCUGUGUGAUUUCAGCGGGUCCUCACUGGAUGGUGUCAAGGCCAUGAUUUGGGCUGAGGCCGGGUUCCAUCAUCCGGACCCGGCAGAAUAUAAGUUGCCGACAAUUCGGUCUGAGAUUCACACUCUAGGCUUGACAAUUUAUGAGAUUUUGGCUGGUCAGCAGCCGCACCGUAGAGUGGAAGUGGGAGCGCUUGUCAGGUUGAUCGAGGAAGGGAAGUACCCUGAUGUGAGCGGGCUGCCGCUGGGGGAUGUGAUCCGGAGAUGCUGGGAUGGGAGGUUUGGUUCGGCGGCAGAAGUGGGUGAUGCGAUUGCUAGUCAUCGCGCCGCGGCUGAAGCUUCACAGACCGCCGAUAUAUGA